AUGGCAACUACGAAUCAUCGUACCGCGUCUGCCACCCCGGCUCCUCUUGUAUCUGCAUUAAAUACGAAUGGAACCGCGAAUGCUCAUGCCCAUGACGACUCGCUACCUAAUGGCCACCAUAUUCAUGGGCACGAGCCCCGACCUGCUCCAACCCCGACGUCCGCCAUGGCUUCAAACUCUGCCUCUAAGAAAGGGAAAGGGAAGAAGGCUCUUGACUCGAACGAAGCAUCAAAACUUGUUGCUGCGAGGAUUUCUCAGUUGGAAGUUGAUACGGCCGCAGAGAAGGAGCAAGAGGCGGAAAUUGACCGAGAAGUGCGCAAGGCGAAUCGCGAGCUAAACCACCAAAUGAACAAGAUGAAUGAUAUGGACAAAAUAGAACUCUUGACGAAGCGAUCAUCAGAACUUUUUGCGAACUUAAAACGUCUCGAGCGCGAGAACCUCAAGAAUAAGAAGCGAGCCGAUCAGUUGCAAAAGGAAAAGGAUUCAAGCCGUACCGAUCUAAGCAAGCAAAUUAGUCUCAAGGAAAAAUUAGAAAAGUUGUGUCGCGAACUGCAAAAGGAGAAUAAUAAGCUGAAGAAUGAGCACCGUGCUCUAAACGAUACUCAUGAGCGCUUAAAAGCCUCGUCUGAUGAGCGAUUGAAGAAAGUGCUUGAAACUUUAGAGGGUUAUCAAGAGGAGAAAGACAACCCGCGAAAGCAGGUCGUAUACAUGAAGGCCGAAGAAUUGUUUAAGGGACGAUUUAAAUCUCUCAUCGACCAGUACGAAUUACGGGAACUGCAUUACCAUUCUUCAAUGCGGACUAAGGAGAUCGAGGUCCAGUGGAAUAUGGCUCGUUAUGAACAGCAGAAGAAAACGGCGGAAGCAGAAGCCAACCGUGCGCGACAGUUGAACAGCCAAGUGCUUACGUUCUCCAAGACGGAAACUGAAUUAAGAAACCAGUUGAACGUUUAUGUUGAGAAGUUUAAGCAGGUAUGCGCCCUGUGCCCCUCACUAGCCCGCCGUGCGAAGGCAUUAACAAAUGAGGAGGUCGAGGACACGCUCAAUAAUAGUAACGACCUGUUCUUAACUUUUCGCAAAGAGAUGGAGGACAUGUCGAAAAAGACGAAGAAACUAGAAAAGGAAAACGAGGCCUACAAGAGGAAAGAAGGCGCCCUAAACCAGAACAUCUUUAAGAUGGCCGAGGAGCGGAAUAGGCACCUGAAGGAUCUCGAAGAUAUCAGGAAGAAGAACGACAAGCUCACAAGCAUCAUUAACCAGAUGCAGCAGCAGGGCCGUGGAAUACCGCAAGGCAUGCAAGGGACGGUGGAGAGCUGCUACGCCGAAGGGGUAGGAGAAGAAGAAGAAGGAGAGCUUGACGAAGGCGACGAAGAAAGCGAAUACGAAUACGAGGAUGGCGACGAGGAGGUUAGUGACGAGGGAGAAUUCGACGACGACACAGAGGAGGAACUUCCGCACGCGCCCGGUGCUUACGGCCCUGAGCGCCCGCCCGCUAUGAAUGGUCAUCGCUAG